CGCAGAUUCAACCACUCUGCAAGGAAUUAGUUGUACUGGAAAGGAACCCUGGAUUAAUUUGUGACAUGACAAGGACCUUGCUGGACUGACUGGAGUGGAGCGCCUUAAGAACUAGCUGCUGAAGAUGACGGGGCAGGUAGCCAACAGAGACGUGUCUCCUCAUCGCCUCUCGGUGAAGACCACGGUGGAGGAGGAGAGCGAGAGAGCAGACAGCACUCUCAGCAGGGUGCCGUCAGCGUGCGAUGACACGUCGUCAGAGCUGCAGAGAGUGGCGGCGCUAGACCCUCAGGGGGGGAACUCCAGGAACUCCUUCAGAGGUCAGGGGGCACUCUCUAGACUGGUGACCCUGGUAGUUACUCUGAGGGAGUGGGCCCAUAGGAGUCUUCAGGAGGAGGAGCAACGCCCAGACUCCUUCUUGGAGCGUUUCAGGGGCCCUGAUGUGAGGACCGCUCCGAGUCGCCUCAGCAACACCCAGCUCGACGCCAACGGCAACCAGACCAAAAAAAGCUUAUGGAAAAAGUGGGAUGUGUUUGUGGUGGCCCCUUCAGAUGAUUUCUACUAUCGUUGGCUGUUCUUCAUCGCCAUGGCAGUGCUCUAUAACUGGGUCUUAGUGGUGGCAAGGGCAUGUUUUGACCAGUUGCAAACUGAAAAUUAUAUUGGCUGGUUGGUGUUGGACUAUAUCUUUGAUGCUGUAUACAUCCUGGACACCUUUAUUCGACUUCGUACAGGGUUCCUGGAACAAGGUUUGCUGGUGAAGGACCUCUCCAAGCUCAAAGACAACUAUGUCCGCACCUUCCAGUUCAAGAUGGAUGUGGUCUCCAUCCUACCCACCGACCUGGCCUACAUCGUCACGGGAAUCCACACCCCACAGCUCAGACUCAACCGUCUGCUGCGGUUUUCGCGGAUGUUCGAGUUCUUCGACCGCACCGAGACGCGCACCAACUACCCCAACAUCUUCCGCAUCUGCAACCUGGUCCUCUACAUCCUGAUCAUCAUCCACUGGAACGCCUGCAUCUACUUUGCCAUCUCCAAGUCCCUAGGGCUCGGCUCUGAUACCUGGGUCUACCCCAACAUGUCCAGGCCUGAGUUCAAUAGCUUGACCCGGGGUUACGUCUACUGCCUGUACUGGUCCACUCUCACCCUCACCACCAUCGGGGAGAUGCCCCCACCUGUGCGAGAUGAGGAGUUCCUGUUUGUGGUAUUUGACUUCCUGGUUGGGGUGCUCAUCUUCGCCACCAUUGUGGGAAACGUGGGCUCCAUGAUAGCCAACAUGAACGCAACUCGCGCAGAGUUCCAGGCCCGCAUCGACGCCAUCAAACAUUACAUGCACUUCCGCAGGGUCAACAAGGAACUGGAGACACGAGUCAUCAAGUGGUUCGACUACCUCUGGACAAACAAGAAGGCAGUGGACGAACAGGAGGUUUUAAAAAACCUGCCCAACAAACUCAGGGCCGAGAUCGCCAUCAACGUUCACCUGGCGACCCUCAAGAAGGUUCGCAUCUUCCAGGACUGCGAGGCUGGAUUACUGGUGGAGCUGGUGCUGAAACUGCGCCCCCAGGUGUACAGCCCGGGGGACUACAUCUGCCGUAAGGGCGACAUCGGGAAAGAGAUGUACAUCAUCAAAGAGGGGAAGCUGGCUGUGGUGGCGGACGACGGGGUCACACAGUACGCCCUCCUAACAGCCGGCAGCUGCUUCGGGGAGAUCAGCAUCCUCAACAUUCAGGGCAGCAAAAUGGGCAACCGGCGGACAGCUAACAUCCGCAGCAUCGGCUACUCAGACCUCUUCUGCCUCUCCAAGGACGACCUGAUGGAGGCGGUGAUCGAGUACCCGGACGCCAAGAAGGUGCUGGAGGCGAGGGGCAGGGAGAUCCUGACCAGCCAGGGCCUGUUGGAUGAGAGCGCUCAACAGGCGCCGGUGGGGGAGGACACGGAGGAGAAGGUGGAGAGGCUGGAGUCUUCGCUGGACACCCUCCAGACACGCUUCUCCCGGCUGCUCAGUGAGUACACGGCCACGCAGCAGCGACUGAAGCAGCGUAUCACCGUCAUGGAGCGCCAGUUCUGCCACACGGGCUGUGCCGGUGUCUCAGACACAGAGACGGAGCCAGACGCCAAGGCGGGCACGGACACGGACAGCCUGACGGCUCCCGGUGCCGACGAGAACAGGAAACAGGAAGUGCUCACCAAGACCAACGAUCACAGCUGAAAGCCGCCUCAGUCGAGAGGACUUAAGGUCGAGUUUGGGCUGCUGUUAUGAUUGUAGGCUGAAACACUGUACUUUGAGACAUGUAAGAGUAUGUCUACGGGUCUAUGGUGUAGACAUUUACCUGAAAUAAUCCCUUCACACGACAUAAAUACCUUUCAUCGUGAAGUUCUUCACAUGAAGGGUGGGAACCCUGAUGUUAUUUUGCUCCAACCUUCUACAACUAUAAUUAGGACUACUGACACAGCAUUUUUUUAGAUGUUAAUUGAAUGUUUGUUUAGAACGCAUAAGAGGUACGGAGUACCAAGGUCUCUGGCACCUUCGCAAAUAUCAGAUCUCCCUGGAAGAAGAUAAAUAGGGAGGUUUAUGUUUAGCGAACAAACAAACACACACAAAAAGUAAUGUGCAAUUAUUUUCGAGUAUCCCUAACCGCAAAGGUUUUCAACAAGAGUGUCGGUGACAGCCUCGCUGCUAUGACUCAUUGGAGAUUCUAACCAUAAACUCCUUCAAUUUAGUAGUUCAAUCAGUGACGAUUCGGGGAGAAAUAAUAUAUACAUUGUUACUGUUGUACAAUUGUAAACGUUAAUUAAUCGGGCAGUAGAGCUAAUUAUUUAAAUCUGAAUAGUUCUAAUAUGGAGAACUUGCACACUUUAUGAAAACAUUUAAGUAAACAGGUGCACGGUCAACCGAACGAUUUGGAGAGCGGUCGUUCUAUCAGUGUUGAGUAUUCCCACGUCCUCUGUUAUUUACUUUAAAAUAUUAUAAGCAGUCGUUAAAAGCCCACGUGGCUUCAGAACUGUACUCCCUGUGAUUGCAACCUCUUAUGACCUCAAUCUAGUCCAUAGUCGAGUCCAUUCAUGCAGUAGACAUUUAUGUUUUACUGGUCCCGCACAACAUGACUGAUCGUCCGGAAUGGAAAACCUUACAUCUAAUAAAACCCACUUGAGAACA